UUCUUUAUUCGUUCAUCGUUACUCAUUUGGAAAAGAAGAACGUAAUUUGUUUGGAUCAAACGAAAUUGCUUGGAUUGUUGUGUUUUUGAUUGUGAUUUAAUACUAAAUUGUUAUUGUUUGGAGCCGUUAUUCAAUUCUGCAUUUCAGAACAAUAUUGUUCGUGAAUUUCUGUUGUGAAUGUUGUGAAUAGUGUUGAAGCAAAUAUGAGUGGGAACGACGAGAGAAAAUUAAGCGGAGGAUCCAAAUCAAUUGAUUAUUUGGGCGCCGUGAAUAGUUUGCUUGAUACGAUUAGUGACAAAGAUGAAAAUGUUAAGAGUGCGGUGGAACGAUCGUUGAUUCGAAUGUGUAAAAGACGACCCAAUGAAACUAUUGAAAUUAUCUGCAGUUAUCGUCAAAAAUGUCAAAAGCUUCCAGAACAACAAAUUGCCAUUUUAUUAAGGGUAAUUGAAAGUUUUGUGAAUGAAAAUAGCGAUCAACUAAGUGCCACCUGUUUAGAUAAUGUGAUUGAUUUGUGUGUCAGUGAAAUGACAAAAUCCUCGGAACACAAGCCAGAUAUUCAGAAUCCUUGUAUGGAAAUUUUGGUAGCAGCUGGUCGAUUCCAUUGUAGCAAAGUAAUGGAUGGAUUACUUAAACAAUUGCCAGCGGGUCAGGUUGGUCACUUUAUGGUUCUUCAUUGCAUCGGCAGUUUGGCUACGGCAAAUACAUGCGGAAUUCUUCAGUUUAUUCGACCAACGCUUGAAACAAUCUUGCCGACAUUGAGUUCGAUUUCAAAUGAUCCAUAUGUGAAGCAGUCGUACAGUUUUGCUCUUGGUCAUAUAGCCGAAGCAAUAAGCGAACAUGUCUCGAAUAGGGAACGUAAAGAGCCAGAAAAUGAAAAUUUCGUUGAUGACAAUUAUCAUGCUGAAUUGGCGAUUGCAUACAAUGUAUUAUUGCAACAAUGGUUACCGCAUCGUGAACCAAAGGUGUGCAGUGAGAUUUUGCAUGCACUUUCAUUCAUAUAUCCAUUGUUGCCACAAGACAAGUUGAUUGAGCAAGUACCAAAAGUGAUACCGCAGUUGCAGGGCUUCUACCGUCGAUCGAUGGAUCGUAAUGCGAUUACCCAACUGUUGGCUUCAGUAUUAAAGGCCAGCAUUGAUGCUGAUCGAAAUUCGCUUGACACACAAGCCGACGCACUAAUAUCAAAUUUAUUUGAUUUGGUUUGCGUUAUUCCGGAUUAUGGACGGCCACAAACAUCAAAGGGACACUAUGAAGUGCUUCGUUGCUUUGAUUUAUUGUUACCAAUUUACUCGGAAAAAGUAUUAGACAUGCUAUUAGUUCAAUUGCGAAAUAACAACGAAAGAGAACGUAUCAAAGCGUUGCUUGUUGUUACGCAUGUCACAAAUGCAAAAGGUGAUUUGGUCGCACAGAAAAUUGACAGCAUUACCGAAGUACUGAAGCAUAUGAUGGCGCAUGAAAAAACAAUCAAAGUGAAACUGGUUUUGUUGAAAACGAUCGUUGUUUUGGCACAAAAAGCAUUUUUACAAGACAACGAAUUUAUUCGUUAUAUUAUUAUGCAUUGUUGUCAAUUGAGCAAAGUGAAUUUGGAUUUUGGUACAGCCGAUGAAUACGCUGAUUUCAUGCAAGCAUGCAAAAAUUCGCUUGAUCUCUUGGCGUCGACGGUGUACACUGUUAGUGAUCUCUUAAAACGAGAACUACUUCAAUUCUAUUUAUUGAUAGACUACACCGACGUAACGGGAACGUUUGCAAUGUGCUUAUCCAAAUUGUUUGAAAAGAAUGCAGAUUUAACGUACACAGAAAUUGAAAACCCCGAAAAAACCCUUACCUACUUACCAUCACCAGAAACGAUUUUGGCACGAAGUUUAAUUCUACUUGGCAAUGCAAAUCAAUCGAAACGAUCCGAACAUAUUUUGGAUUUCUUAAAAUUCUAUUCGAAAAUCAUCAACAAAUUGAUCGUUCCACUGUGGACGACUGAAAUACCAAAGUUGAAGAAACAAAUAAAAGAGCCGAAUUUCCAUGAGAAAGUGUUCAAAUUUGUAACCGAUACCAUACGAGAAUAUGAUGAUCCAUCGUUUCCCGAGAAUCUGGCCAAUAAAUUGGCCGAUCAAAUGAUUUUGUAUCCGAUUGUGAUCAAUCCGAAAGAGCACUUGGUGUCAGCGUUAAACGAGGAACGUGGAAUGCUGCUGAAGCUGAUUGGUGUCACAUUGUGCUAUGUCACGGAUAAUCAAACGAUUGAAUCAAAAUUGGAAUUGAUUAUAAAUACGGCGCGUCAAGAAAAAAUGGAAAAACUACAAAACCAUGCGGAAUUCGAAACGAAACUUAGCGAUGCAUGCACUGCAUUGGGUGUUACGUCAAAGAUUCAUUUGAACAUUGUACUUCAGAAACUCGAGCAAAUGAUAGAAAGUGAAGGUCAAAAGAAGCAAAGUUCCAGUUUUUUCUCAUUCAAAAAAGAUAACACGAAAGACACUGACAUUUAUAAAGUGAACAUUUUGGCCAUCGAAUCGUAUGAAAAAAUUAUCGAAAACAUGGCCGUUUAUGAGGAAUUGAAAACAAUCCACGAGAAAAUUGUGAACUAUCUGAUAAAGCAGUUGUCCGAAGCCAAGGAUAUUACAAUGAAAAAGAAAAUUCUAAGCGCUUUGUUGACAUUGUGUGAAACGAUUUUGAAACACAGUGAUUUAUGUGAAGAGUUUAAAUGUCGGUCUGUGAUUCUUGAUCAAUUGGUGAAAAUCGACGCAAACUAUGAGAAUUUACCAUUGUAUCCAAGCAUUUUGAAAUUAUCAGCAAAUCUAAUUCAAAUCAAUCCACAAGAUGACUUUGAAGUGCAUAUCUUUUUUGAAGCAUCGUGUCGUACCUUCUUCACAGCCGCUCAACAACUCAAAAAUAAAUUCGAAUCCAGCGAAGAGGACGAACGAAACUCUUAUAUUGCAAAAUACUUGAAUUUGUCAUUGCCGGAGUUGAAUCAUCUGGUCAAAGUGAUCUUUCGACAAAACCCAACACCAGACGCAUUGGAUGAUGUACAUUGUGUACUCGAAUUUUGGCUACGCGAUAAAAAUAGUGAAGUUCGCAUUUGCGCCAGUCAUGUCAUGGAUAGCGCACUGAUUAACUACAUACACUCAGUGAAAAUUGGCUGUGAAGCACCAUCAAAGUUCAAUCAAAGUGGAGCAAUGCUUGGAAAAAUCAUUCCAAGAUGUAUCGACACAUACCCGACUGUACGUCAAACGGCUGUUGAUAUUUUGAAACGGAUUUUGGAAAUUUCGUGCAUUUACGAAACGCUUACGAUUGCUGAAAAUGAUGAAUGGUAUAAGGAACUGGGCGUCAUUCGAGAGGACAUUGUGACUGACGAUCCUGUUCAACUUUAUCAUCUCACCGAAGAUAUUUCGAAAAUUCUUGCAGAAAGACUAUCAACGUUUCAAUAUGUGCAAUUUUGUAAAGCCUUACUUAAAGCUUUGGAGGAUUGUGAACAGAGUUCAGCAGUUGGGUCAGCGGUUGUUUUGAAAAAUUUCAUUCGUUUGAAAGGAUCCGAGCUAUUCCAUGCAAUUCCAGGAUUGGUUCAGGACUCAUUGGCCGCAAUUGCCGAUUGUAACACUUCACAGCCCAAAACAGGUGUCUUGAAAGCACUUGUUGCAUUGGCGAAACAUCAUCCGAAAUUAGUCUGCACCGAAAUGCUUGCCACAAAUCUACCAUUCCAAAGCAACAUCAUUGAGUUCUGGCGAUGCGUUUCAACACAAUCGGAAUUGUCCGGUUUCAUAAUUGAUCACUUUUUGGGUAUUCUAAAUUCAUCAUGUUUGUAUGAAGUUUCUGGCGAAAAAUCCGGUCCACAUAAUCAAAAUAUCGCAACUCAUCAACCAUUUGCUAUAUUUUGUGCACUGAAGGAGAUUGUACAAGGCAAAGAGAUUCAGGCAGAAUUGAAAAAACGUUUUCCCGAACUCUUUGCAUUAUUCCUUGCUUCCGUCGCUACAUACACAAAUUUAGCACCGCCGACAAAAUCCCCAUCAUCAUCACCAACUGCAAAGACGUCAAAUAACAAAACCAAGUUUGGUUUCAUACCAAACAAAGAGGGGGUAAAAAUGCUUCCAUGCCAGGUGGUUUUAGAUGCAUUCAAAGCAUAUUUGGAGAACAUUGAAAUGGAGCAAUUGGCUCAAAUACUAACAGUAUAUCCGCACUUAGCAUCGAGUGCCGAUUUGAAUAAGUUUAUGGAACUUUUAACACCAAUGGCCGGUGCUUUGGUCUGCCAAUUGACAAUCACAUCGACGGCAAUGACGCAAGUUGUCGAAGCCUUAGCUGAUAAAAUUUCCAGCCCGUAUGAUAGCCAACGCAUUGCAGCGGUGGGUCUUUACUCACAAAUUGUUCCUCUGAAACCAACUGGUGAUCUAACAACGAUAAUAAUGCAACAUUUAAAUUCAGCUUUAGGCGAUCCAAAUCCAUUGGUUCGUGGUUUUUGUAUUCGGGGCAUGGCAUAUGUUGGCAAUCUGAAUGAACAGGACGUUGAUAAAUAUUCAGAGAUGAGUUUGACCGCAUUGCUUAAAGGUAUUGAUGAUAAUAACACCGAUUGUUUCAUCAAUAUUCCAUUGGAAAGCCUUAAAGGUUUGUCACGCAUUGUGAUGGCACUUCACAAAGAUAAAUUGGAAUCGUUUCAAGUUUCGUUGGCCAUUCGGAUUCGGCCAUUCUUUGAAAAUUCCGCAUCCGAUAUUCGUGAAGCGGCAAUUAUGCUGUUCGGUGAUUUGUGUCGCAUUAAAACCGCCGAUCAUGGAACACGUUCUAAGACGCCCAUUGAAACAAUGACACCGGUUUCCGAGGCACUGCGAGAACAGAUUUUUCAAAAUUUCUUUACACUAUUUCUACACUUGAGCGAGUCUGAUGCUCAAAUUGUGCGGGCUUCGAAAGUUACGCUGCGCAAAAUAUCGAAUUUAAUAAAUGCACCCAAGGUUAAUGAAAUGGUUCAGAGCCACAUAUUGGAACACGGCAACUUGCAGUACGAUAAUUUUGCAGCCUCAUUUUUAAAAUUAAUCAGUGAAGACCUGAGUGAUCAUGUGUCCGAUUUCAUUGAAUCGAGUUUACCGCAUUUGAAGAGUCAAUGGCCGGAAAUUCGCGGCAAUGCCGCUUGUAUCGUUGGACUUCUGUACAACUUGAACUCUAGCAAGAGCCAGCAACAGCAUUCGGCCGAAUAUCUAAGCCAUAAAAUAUCAGUGUUGCUUCACGAUGAAGUCAUACCAGUUAGAGUUAAAGCCGCCAAUGCGCUUGGAUUCAUGUUUGGCGAAAUCAUAUAAUAUUGUUAUUUUUCAAAUGUUUUAUUCAUGUUGAUAUGAAAAAUCGAAAAAUUUAAUUGAGACUAAACAUAAAAAUUUCAAACAUAAGAAUAAAUGAAUCAGUAUACAAAUUAAA